AUGCCUGCUGAAACUGCUGCAGCGGACCAUAACUGCCAUAGAACAGACCAGCAGAGAAUGGAAGCGAGAAGACCCAUUUGCAGCGUGACACCGGCGCGGAAGAAUCAAUUUUGCAACCUGGCAUCACAAGCGGUUCGCAUCUUGGGUCGUGACUCAAUGGACGAUGGGAGUCUCCGGAAGGAUGUAAUAAAAAUUCGCCAAACCUGCAUCAAGUUGCAAUUCUGGAUUGUCUGUCCUCCGGCAAGUGAGCUUGAGGAAUACAUAGGGGCUGCCAAACCUAUGUAUGGCAGCGAAUUAAAACAGAUCAAAACCUCCUGGACCCGAAGCGCCCUCGGCAUCCCCCAGGAGGGGACUGGUGGCGAUACGGCGCCAGCAGUUUUCGGGUUAGGGCCCGCUCCAUUGAUAUUCCGAUCAAUGCGUUUCGUUUCUAUGCGGCACUGAGCGGCGGCACUUGCGGUGGUAACACCCCCAGCGCGAAUCCGUUGGCAUCUCCAUCGAUUUUUUUUGUCUUCGUAUCUUCUGAACCCAUGGUGAUACAUUGUCUUGAC